UGCCGAGUAAUUUACUUCCGGGUUGAAAUAUCUUAUUAACAUAAUUGUAAACAAAAUGAAGUAAGUUUGGUCACCACAUUUUAAGAUGGAGAGAUUUGACAUGCACUGCCUCUAGAUAGUUUUGCACAUCAUUCAUAGACUUACGAACUUACCGAAAGAAAAGAUCAAAAGAGUGAUAUAGAAAGUUAGCCAAAAAUAAGAGGCUAUAUCAGGCACACAGAAUUUGGAAGACAAAAAUGAAUUUACUUGAGUCUACUCUACAAUGUCUCAAUACGUGAAGGCAGAAAAAAAGUUGUUUAAUAAAAAUGUGCAAGAUUACAUAAUAAAACCUUUGAUUAAACAGAGAGAAACUGGAGAACUUUGUGAUGUUGAAAUAAAUUUAAACGGUCGUCUGUUUUAUGCUCAUCGUGCAAUACUUUCAUUAUGGAGCCCUUAUUUUCUAUCAAUGUUCACAUGCGACAUGAAAGAAAAGCUGACAAAUGUGUUAGAUUUAUCAGAAUCCCUAAUGAUUGAGAAUGAUAAUGUAUUUGAUCAGAUAUUAAACUAUAUGUACACUGGAGUAAUUCAGUUGACCAUCUCAAAUGUAGAAGAUAUAGUGCGUGUUUCAGAUUUUCUUUUGAUGGAUGAUGUCAAAGAAUACUGCAGUCAGUUUUAUCUUGAACUUGGAAAUCUUGACUUAACCAAUUGUUUGCGAAUAAAGUACCUCACAGAAAAUCACAAUCUACCAUUAGUGGCAAGUGCUUGCCAGUCAAUGAUUGAAUCUCGUUUCCAUGACCACUUGAUUCACCAAGAUGAGAUCAUUGAGUUACCAAGUUUGUGUCUGUUUAAACUGUUAGAAGAUCCAAAUGUUGUAAAACACACUAAAUAUAAUCAGUUAAAAAAGUUGGUACAAAGGUGGAUUGCAGCUGAUACUGAUUCACGACAGAAAUAUCAAACUGACCUGAGCAGAUGUAUCAAAUUGUGGGUUUGUGAGCAUAUUUGUGAUGUUCCUUCUGGAAUACAUUCCAGCUGCUCAGCAAGUGUUAUAUUACAAUCUUCUUCCAUGAAUACCAGGUGCAAUAAUGACUUCAUGUCCGCUAGUUUUGCCUGCAUUGAAAAUCAGGAAACACUGUCAACCAGACCAAAAACUUGCAGAGUCCCAGAAAAAUUCCCUGUAUUAUAUGCAGUAAUUUGCAACCAAGGUAUGAAAUUCUUAAAAUUCAUGGUGUACAAUAUAACACAUCAAAAGUGGCUACAUUUUCCUCUGGCUAGUGAGAAGAUAGUACAAAUACUUCCUGCACGGCAGACCAUUGGUAACAUGAUCUCGCAUAAAAAUAAUCUGUACAUGUACCUUUGCUCAUCAUUCCCAUACCCAACAGAUAUGAUGAAAAUCAACAUCCUGGUUGUAGAUGUUGUUAAAUUUCAUGCCUCUUUGUAUAGCUUUCGAACAGUUGACUUUUACAACCCAUGUUAUCGCACCACAUUGACAAACUGCCGAACAGUCCCGCCAGCAAUGGUAUAUUGUAAUCAGAAUAUAUAUAUUAUUGGAAAUAAAGAGGGCACUGGACACUUGUUUCUUUGCAACUUGCAUACACAGCAAUACAAGUGUUAUCAGAUUCCGGGCACACGUUUCAUAAGUCUAGCUAGAGCUACUGUUAAAGAUGAUAGGUUCAUUUUUCUCUGGUUUAGAUUUCGAACAGGACCCUCAGAAGAGUUUUGCAUUAAGAAAUCUGUAGGUUUUGCCAUGUUUGAUGUCAAGUCCAAGAUAUUUAACACUUUGGACAUUGCUCCACCAGAUAUUUCUUACGAUGACUUUUGCACCCCAUACACUCUUUGCUGCAGGGACAAUACUGUCUUGAUAUAUUAUCCAGGAAAACCAACUCUCGUGUUAGAUGAAAUCAGAUGCAAGUGGAUAACAUCCCUUCGUAGACUACCAUCACCAGUCCACAUGACCAAACUCAACUCUGAAUCUAUAGAAGUGGAUUUUUCAAGAUUUCAGCUCCAAACUGCAACAGAAAAUAGUAUUUUCAUUCUUAAUAAUGAUGCCCCAUACACCACCUCUAUGUAUGAGGUGACCGAGUCAUUGCCACAAGCCGUGUGUCACACUCCACCACCUAUUGACAACAUCUCCAUGGUUACCAGUGGUAACAUGGCAACCAAUGUACUCAAUGACCUCCAACUGUUUGACAGAUAUGAUGAUAUGUAUGCAAGUACCCUGCAUGUGGCUUUGAGAGUGUCUGACCCGGAAACAGAGGAUAGUGGAGGAACCUCAAACUCUGAACGGGACUCGGACAAUGAUUAUGAAUAUGAUGAGGAUAUUUAUGACUAUGACUACGACUUAGAGGCGGAGUUUGCAUUUUAAGAGCUUGCUUUACAAUUUGUCCCUACUUCAGUCAUUAUUGACAUGAUGAAUUCUUAGAGAGUUGAUGUAAAUUUAGCAUAGAUAAAUUGCAGGUAUAUUUAUGUGCUUGAGAUUUAAGAUGAGACAGAGAGUAGGUUUUGAUGUAAAAGUAGACUAGACUACCAUUCUAAAUGGUUAUCAAUGUAAAGUGUAUAAUGUAUAAAGUAAUUUAUUUUUAUAGAUUAUUUCUGAAAUAGUAAAAUGGCAUUUAAAACAAUAUGGUACAUUAAAAAAAUAGGGAGCACUAGUUUUCUUCUUACACAGGUGUUUUUAUCAAGUCAGUCUCACGUUUUGGUUAAGUUUUUUGUACCAUUAAAUGUUUUUACAGAACCUGGCCAGUGUUGUGGCAGUGUUUUUGAUUUAUAUGAAAAAUUUAUUUCUAAAUGUAUGAUACAUUGUGCAUCUUGAAAAUGUUUUUACUAAAGAACUACCUCCAUCAUCAGUUUAUGAAAAGUUUACAAGGGCAUGGCACCCUUAAUUAGUUUGUAAAGCUAAUAUACUAGAUUGUAAGUUUAUGAGUUUUUUUUUUCAGUGUAACUUGAGGGUUCCAAGAAGUAAAUCAA